CCCCCCAUGUAGUGAGGCGCGGAGGCCGGCUCUCGCAACUCAAGAUGGCGGACGAGAGUGAGACAGCAGUGAAGCCGCCGGCACCUCCGCUGCCGCAGAUGAUGGAAGGGAACGGAAACGGCCAUGAGCACUGCAGCGACUGCGAGAACGAGGAGGACAACAGCUACAGCCGGGGUGGUUUGAGUCCAGCCAAUGACACUGGAGCCAAAAAGAAGAAAAAGAAACAAAAAAAGAAGAAAGAGAAAGGCAAUGAGACAGAUUCAGCCCAGGAUCAGCCUGUGAAGAUGAACUCUUUGCCAGCAGAGAGGAUCCAGGAAAUACAGAAAGCCAUUGAACUGUUUUCAGUGGGUCAGGGACCUGCCAAAACCAUGGAGGAGGCUAGCAAGCGAAGCUACCAGUUCUGGGACACGCAGCCUGUCCCCAAACUGGGAGAAGUGGUGAACACCCAUGGCCCCGUGGAGCCUGACAAAGACAACAUCCGCCAGGAGCCCUACACCCUGCCCCAGGGCUUCACCUGGGAUGCCUUGGACCUGGGGGACCGCGGUGUGCUGAAAGAACUCUAUGGCCUCCUGAAUGAGAACUACGUGGAGGAUGAUGACAAUAUGUUCCGGUUCGACUACUCCCCGGACUUUCUGCUGUGGGCUCUCCGGCCGCCUGGCUGGCUCCCCCAGUGGCACUGCGGGGUUCGAGUGGUCUCAAGUCGGAAACUGGUUGGGUUCAUCAGUGCCAUCCCAGCAAACAUCCACAUCUAUGACACAGAGAAGAAGAUGGUGGAGAUCAACUUCCUGUGUGUCCACAAGAAGCUGCGCUCCAAGAGGGUGGCUCCGGUCCUGAUCCGGGAGAUAACCCGGCGAGUUCACCUGGAGGGCAUCUUCCAAGCUGUUUACACUGCCGGCGUGGUAUUACCAAAGCCUGUUGGCACCUGCAGGUACUGGCAUCGGUCCCUAAACCCUCGGAAGCUGAUUGAAGUGAAGUUCUCCCACCUGAGCAGAAAUAUGACCAUGCAGCGUACCAUGAAGCUCUACCGACUGCCAGAGACUCCCAAGACAGCUGGACUGCGACCAAUGGAAAAAAAGGACAUUCCAGUAGUGCACCAGCUCCUCACCAGGUACCUGAAGCAGUUCCACCUCACACCGGUCAUGAGCCAGGAGGAAGUGGAGCACUGGUUCUACCCCCAGGAGAAUAUCAUAGACACUUUUGUGGUGGAGAAUGCAAACGGUGAAGUGACAGAUUUCCUGAGCUUUUAUACACUUCCCUCCACCAUUAUGAAUCACCCAACCCAUAAGAGUCUAAAGGCUGCUUAUUCUUUCUACAACGUCCACACCCAGACCCCUCUUCUAGACCUCAUGAGCGACGCCCUUGUUCUCGCCAAAAUGAAAGGGUUUGACGUGUUCAAUGCCCUGGAUCUCAUGGAGAACAAAACCUUUCUGGAGAAGCUCAAGUUUGGCAUAGGGGACGGCAACUUGCAGUAUUACCUUUACAACUGGAAGUGCCCCAGCAUGGGGGCAGAGAAGGUUGGGCUGGUGUUACAGUAAUCAGUUGCCAGUGAGAUUCUGGAUAAAGCCACUGAGAAUUCAAACCAGAAAAUGGAACCCCACCACUUGUCGGUCCAACUUUCACAAACGUGAGAAUCCCUGGCAAAGGGAACAGAACUGAACCGGCUUUACCAAACCGCCGCUGAACUUGACAAUUGUAUUGCAUUACGAUGGCGUAGGCUGCGCGAUGUCACCUCUGGCCGUGUCUCUGGUCUCCCUGUUUUCCAAUUAAUCACAUCCUUACGCAGCCGUGAUCAAGGGAAUGUAACUGCUGAAAACUAGCUCGUGAUUGGCAUAUUAUGGAGUUAACGGGUGAAUAAUAAAAGUAUAUAUAUAUAUAUUAUAUAUAUAUAAAUAUUUUAAA